AUAUUCAUGUGAAUAAAUACAUACAUACAUAAAUAUAUAACUACCAAUCCUAUAAAGCACAUACUACUCCAAAAUGCCUUGCUAUAAGCGGAACAGACCACCAUCAAAACGCCAGUUGCGCGACAGGAAGCGGACUCUGGUGAAGCCGGUGCGUCCUCGAGAUCCCAAUGUGCAUGGACUCUUAAGCUACUCGCACGCAGCCCAGCAUCUAAUAUUUGACGAGAAUUGGACGCCCAGCUCGAUCACCGAGCAGUAUACAUUCAUCAAUAGUCUGCUGACUUCUCGGCUCAUCUACAACAAACAUGAGAAGGAGACCCUGGUGAGUCGUCUGCAUCAGACGACCGAGCGCUUGAAGGAAGAAUGCAUGAAUGGGCGGCUCAAGCUGCAGAAGAUUUCGGUGGGCAACAAUGCCCACGAGAUACGCAACAUGCUGAACAAUCACAGCAGCCUACAGCGUCUCUAUCAGAGGAUGCCCAUCCAUCUGGUCGCGGACAACAUCAAUCAGAGCACAUUUGUCAUGCGCAAGGAGCGGGAUCGUCUGCAGGCUCGCUUGGAGCAGCUGAAGCAAAAGCUGAAUGAUUUACUUAUAGAGCGUGCCAUUGUGGAAAACCGCAUCAAAUAUGAGAAUGAGUUUGUCUUGGAGGAGGAACUCGUGUCUCGCAUGUUGCUGAAGAAAAUCGAAAACUCGACUGUGAGGUUCAGGGCGAUCAAAACGAUCAACACAACAUAUAAGAAAAUGGUGCAGGUGCUGCUGCAGGACGAGAUAUUCUAUGAGCCCAUCUUGAGUUCCCUCGAUGAUGACAUCGCUGAGCAGACGCAUAUGAUCAAGUACAUCAUUUAUCUGGGCCUGCCUGUCAUAAGCAAGUUUAAGGUGCUCAACAAGGAGUUUCGACGCUUGGAGGAAAAGUCGCGAGUGGACUAUGCGGCCAAGGUGAAGCUGCUUGCCGAUUUGAAGAAGCCGCGGGUUUUCGUUCCGACCAAGGACUUGCAGGAUAUUGUGGGAAACUCGAGAAAGGAUCGCUAUUUGCGUGAAACGAAAAGCAUGGUGGAACUUAGGAAAGAACUGCAGAGAAUCGAGAAGAUCAUCAAGGAAUUAAAGUUUACAACACUUUGCUCGCAAGCAAAAGAGAUUUACUUACGCGCGAAGACUCAGAUGGAAAACAACAAGAAUCUGACUCAGCAGAUUCAGUUUGAUCUAAUGAGUCGGGAAAUGCUCCGUAACAAACUAAAAUAUUCGGGUGUACUAGAAGGCGUACUGUUGAACAAUCUAUCCGAGGAGGAAGUAAAUCGUUUGGAAUACAUUCGUUCAUUGAAAGCCACAUUGACUGCAGACAAGGAAUUCCAGCAAAGUAGUGUGGACCAUAUAAGAAAUCGUGCGAAUGCCUACGUAAUGCUACGCGUUAGUCUCUGGAAUCUCGUUGAAAUAUUGAGGCACAUCGAUCACAGCCCCUUUAUGAUUCGACGUGCCUAUCCCAACUCGUAUCUGAAAUUGCCGCUCCUCAAAUUCGAAUUGUUCGACAUGUUAGCGGUCAACCCACCGCUUUACGAGGAAGAUGUUGACAAGAUCAUGCAUUUGCUCAAGCGUAAGCUCUACAAGCUGAUGAAGGGCUACGAGAAGCUCGCCGAGGCGAAUAACCGCGAGACAGUGAGCAGCUUUAGAGAGAAGUACCACAAACGCUUCCUGGCCACUCGCGUAUACAGCGACACACAGGGCACCGAAGGCGACAUGAAGGUGGUCGACUACGAUGACGGCAAAGUCUACCUGAGUGUGCCGUCACGCAAACAGAUUAAGACGUGGAGCGCCAAGGUGGUAGAGGAAGCGAAAGCUCACGAAGAGUACUAAGGGAUAUAAAUGAAUAGG